AAAUUUUACAGGCUGAGGACUCACUGCUGUAUGGAGCCAUACAUUAUAGCGGCAAACAGACAACUAAGUGCCAUGCAUCCUAUCUAUAGGCUUUUGCAUCCCCACUUCCGCUACACGAUGGAGAUCAACGCUCGUGGACGCCAAAGUCUCGUCAACGCAGGUGGAAUCAUUGAGUCUUGUUUCUGGCCCGGAAAGUAUUCAUUAGAGCUAAGUUCAGAUGUCUAUGACAAACUAUGGAGGUUCGACAGGGAAGGCUUACCUGCAGACCUAAUCAGCAGGGGUCUGGCUGUGGAAGAUGAGACGGCUGAACAUGGGGUUCGCUUGACGAUACCAGAUUACCCAUUUGCGACUGACGGUCUGAUGCUGUGGGAUGCACUUAAGGAAUGGGUAACAGACUAUGUGAAUCACUAUUAUCCAAAUGCGGAACAGGUCAAGUUGGAUGAGGAACUCCAAGGAUGGUGGAGUGAAGUGAGGAACAUAGGGCAUGGAGACAAGAAAAAUGAACCAUGGUGGCCUGUCCUCAAAACACAAGAUGACUUGAUUGAAGUGGUGACUACGAUUGCUUGGGUGGCUUCAGGUCACCAUGCAGCUGUAAACUUUGGACAGUACGGAUAUGGUGGAUACUUUCCCAACCGACCAACCACAUCAAGGAUAAAAAUGCCAGUGGAAGAACCGACAGAGGAAGAGCUAAAAGAGUUCUAUGAGGAUCCAGAGAAGACCAUGCUUAAGACAUUCCCGUCGAAGAAGCAGGCGACGAAAUUGAUGUUGACUUUGGAUCUUCUAUCGACACAUUCACCAGAUGAAGAAUACCUAGGAGAAAACGCAGAAGCGUCUUGGGCCCACGAACCUGUCAUCUAUGCUGCAUAUGAACGUUUCAAAGGCAAGCUCCAAUACCUAGAAGGAGUGAUAGAUGAGAGGAAC